AUGCAAGCCAAAGAGAAGAGACCUGUCUGGAAGGUCUUCUCCCGAGGAAAGGGUGGCGAAGCAGCAUCGGAGACGGCUGAGACCACGACCACCAAGCCUUGCUAUGACGACUCUGCAUACGGCAGUAGUGAACCCAACAGUUCCAUGCGAACGGUAGGGGAGUCUGACGCUUCGAAGAGCACAAAUGCGUUGCCGAACCCUCAAAGAGACGACAAUGUGAGGCCGGGCACAACAUCUGAAGGGCCUUCAUCCUAUACCAGUCCUACCAUCAAGCGAGAGACACGGACGAACCCAAAUAUGGGGCAGACCGUUACAACGACCACAACCACUACAACAACCACGACAACCGUUACGAACGCGAACGGCGAUUCGACUACAGUAGAAGAGCCGCGCGCAGCGGCAGAGCUGCCUACUACCAGCAACAAAGAGCCAGUGCCUGCUGCGAGUGGGGAGCAAAUCAUGCGGCAGCGACGCAGCUCAGAAACACCAGGACAUAGGGUCAUACCUCCGAGGGAGCCAAUAUCACCGAAAACGCCACUGAUACCACGACGUAGCUCAAACAGGCAGUCCUUCCCUCCAUACGCGUCGGCGGCUGAACAGCAUCCACCUGGACCAUCAAAACAACCUAGUAGGACAGGCUCCCAGAACUUCUCCUAUCCUGGGCGCAACCAACCACCUCAAGAUGUUCAUGACGAACAAGAUGCCCAACAUCGACACGAGCAACAGCAAGCCGGUGGCUCGACGAUACAGAAUUUGAAAGCUGCCGCCGCUGGAAUUCACGGCGCCGGUGAGACUCUUCGAGGAACCUUGAAUUCGUCGGUCGAUCGACAUUUUGGCAAGCGAGAGGUGGCGGACAAAGACCAGGCUGCCGUGGAGGCCGGCCGAUAUGAGCUUGCUAAUCGCCGAUUUUAUCAUCCGGAUGGUGAGCAAUCACCUAGCCAGUACCAUCUUGGCGCGAACCCGACCCAGUCUCACAACCAAGACCUCGAGCCUGAUCCGCUGCAGACAGUACCCAGGAAGCCUGUCGGGGCCUCUAUAAUUGGUAGCGAGACCAGGUCAGGGAGGCUGGGCAAUUUCAUCAACAAGGCAACUAGUAGAUCCUCCAGCAGCGCCGAGGUUGGUCAGGAAGAAGAGCCACGGGAACGAGCAAAGUUGAAGAAGCGCAGUAGUUCACGUCUGAGUGUCGUCGGUGAAUGA